GUUUACAACACACAGACGUAAACAUGACAUAAAAGUCAUCGGACGCGAUAAUUGACAACAAGAUUAUCAAUAAUAUACUAGCUAAACAGAUUAUUUCAUUAAAACUUUUACGCAUUUUUUUUAAUUCGUGUGCCACACACAAUGCCUGCAGAACCGGAAACGAGAAUUGUCCUUCGAGAUGUUACCCCGGAAAUAUCACAACACAUGCUGACUGAGUUGGAAAAGCUGCCGGGCGUCCAACUCGGCGACUUCUUACUGCAGUUCGAGUUGGAUGAACCACGUGAGUCGGUCAGAGAGAUUGCCAGAAGAGAACUUCGAGAAAUACCAGAAAUCGUCGAACCAGCUGUUGAAGAGUUAAAAAGACUUCUUAGUGAAGAUACGGAUAUGCAUGUUCCUCUGAACAAUGAAGCUUGGCUAAUUAGAUUCUUAAGGCCGUGCAAGUUUUAUCCGGAGAGCGCCUAUGAUCUGAUAAAGCGUUACUAUGGUUUCAAAGUGAAACAUCACAAACAUUACGAUGGCCUAACACCGAGCAAGGAGACUAAUGUGUUCAACGAGAACGUGCUGACGGUGCUGCCGACCAGAGAUCAGUGCGGGCGGAGGGUGCUCGUCUUGGAACUUGGAAAGAAAUGGAAGCAUAAUAAAUGUUCGCUGGACGAGGUUUUCAAAGGCUGCGUGUUGUUCCUUGAGGCGGCCAUGUUGGAACCGGAGUCGCAGAUCUGCGGAGCUGUCGUCAUCUUUGACAUGGACGGUCUCUCCAUGCAGCAAGUCAUGCAGUUCACGCCACCUUUUGCUAAGAGAAUCGUAGACUGGUUGCAGGAAUGCAUACCGCUCCGCAUAAAAGGAUUGUACAUCAUCAACCAGCCGUACGUCUUCAAUAUGGUGUUCCAGCUUUUCAAGCCAUUCCUAAAGGAGAAACUUCGGUCGCGCAUCAUCUUCAUGGGCAACGAUCGCGAGCUGUUACACAAACACAUCAGCCCCAAAUGUCUGCCGGACUGCUAUGGAGGAACGCUCACAAUACCAAAAGUGACAGGCCCUCAGUGGCUGGAACUACUCCUCAUGUGCGAUCAAGAGUUUAUUGCAAUUAAUUCGUUCGGCUUCAAAAAGAAAUGAUAUUAUUAAAACGCACACUGAGACUACUUCAAAGCGAUGUGAUAUUAAUAUAUUAUAGUUAGUUGUAAGCACACGUUGAUGUAUAAUACUUUAUAUUUUAGUUUUAAACGUCAACUGAUAUUUUGAAAGAUUACAAAUAAGGUUUUCAAAUGGGUGAUAAAUUUGGCAGAAUACUUUAUGAAAUUCCAUGUAUAAAUUUCUAUUAAAUAUGUAUAAUUCUUGUAUCCAACUGUAUUUCACGGUGUAUUUAUUAUAAAUACGUAGUUUUUCUUAUUGGCGUGACAAUAGUUUUGUUUACUCGCAAUGUUUUCCAAACUUUUCUCCUCAAUACUUUUUCAGUAUAAAUUACUAAAAUUAAUGGUAUAUAAUUUUACAAAAUAACUAAAUAGGAAAUUAUUUUGAAAGGCUAGACUGAGGUAGCUUAAUUCGCCAAAAAAUUAUAUAAAAUUUUGUUGAUGGUUCAGAAAAUAGAAAUAUUGAUAAAAGUUAUUGAUUUAAAAUUCAGUCUCAUUUUAGAUGAUAUUUUUUUGUAUUUUGAAAGAAAAAUAACGUGUGUAUAUUUAUAAACGCGUAAAUCUCUGAUUAUCCAAUAAAUAGAAUUAAUAAAUGCUGAAUUCCUAUAAAAAUUGUUUAUUUGCAUUGUUCUACAA